AUGGAUGACUCCAACCAACUGCGGCGCUUGCUGCUCCAUGUCUUGCAGUCGUUGCACUGCCCUUUGAAGGCACCGUUGGCAGCAAGAUUGCUAGGGGCAAAGGAUCCGCGGGUGCAAGCUUUCCUUCACCGCCAGACCCGUCAGCGCAAGAGCACGCGCCGCGCGAAAGAAAAUGCGGCAUACCUGCACAGAUUGACCAGUAGAGAGCACGAAGCUUUGAAUUCUGUCAAGCAUUCGGGUUUGGAGGAUGACCUUGUGGCAGAUGUGAGCCAGUCUGUGGGGCGUGUGCCUCAUGCAAGGGGCGGCCUUUGUCCUACCCUGACACCAGGCUCUAAGUGCAUGGUCUUGGCGGUGAAGCGUGCCAUCAUUCCUGAGGAGAAGCUCCUUCUUGGUGGCAUUCCGCUGCGCAGACUCCAAGUCCCAAGUUCUUUGUCGCCUCAGCAAAUCGCUUCCUUAGGUGGCAACUUGAUGCACUGUGAGGCGAUAGCUGCAGCCGUUUUGCUCGGGCUUUCCAUCCUCCAAGUGGACAAACUGAGGCCGGGACCGCCACGUUUUCCAGCAGCAGGUCGUGCGAAGAUGAUUGAGGUAAACCAACUUCUUUCUGCCCAGAAUUGCCCCACCAAGACCAACCGCCGGCGAAGAGUCGCGGCAAAUCAGCCUUGUACAAAGCAAAAAGUGCCGGAUGCAAAGUGCAUCGCAGAGGUUUAUUUGAGUUCUGAAGGCAGGAAACGGGUGGCGCAGCCACUUUUUUCGUUUUCUGGGAAGAAGGCGCGGAAGUGCCGCAGCAUCGCAGAUGUGUAUAGUGCCAGCCAGCUCCGGCCAGCAGUGCACCAAGAGGCUGGCAAACCACGGAAGCCAGCCGCCAUCACCAAGGCGUGCCAGAAGCCCAAGCUGCCUUUGACUGAACUGCUUCAGGCCACCCACGAGGACGACCUACUUUUGAAGGGCUCCGUUCCGCAACCUGCAGAUUGGCUUUCUGCAUGGCGGGCUGUGCGUUCUCCAAUUUCCUUUUCCAAGGCAGAGGCACAUUCGCAGACGGCCUUCUAUGCUGCUGGAAUGUUUCGGGAGAUGGUGGGCGUCAUGCCCGAAGUCAUUCGGGAAACCAAGCGGAAGCACAUCUUGGAGGCUGACUCCAUUAGCUUAGCUUUGGGUGACAAGGCGCCCUUCCGUGUCAUCCGAUACCGUUGCAGCAGCGUGGCUGGCCUUUCUUCCAUGCCACUGCGCACGCAUGAAGGUGUGCUGACUGUGCUACGACAUGGGGGUGAGGCUUCGUCAAUGACCUGUGAGGCCUUCGAUGAAGACUAUAGUGAAAGGAUAGCGAACUCUGUCGACGCCAUCGAGCGCUUGGCUACCUCCUUGGGGGGUUGUGAGCCGGACGAAGCAAUCCAGGCCAAGUUCAAGGCGGCGCUGCGCUGCUACGCUUCUGACGGUGGGAAGCCUGUACGUAAAUGUGGCCAGCUGCUUCAAGAGCGAUUCCCACACUUGAAGCUGCUGAUCCACGACAGGGCUCACAUUAUCCGACGGGCGGCCCUGCCUUUGACUUUGGAAGAGCGUUUCCCAAAGUUUUGGCACCAUGUCUUUGAUAAGCGGCACGCAGUCAUACCCGACAUCCAGAACAGCUCGGAAUGGAAGUUGAAGCUGGAGAUCAUCCAACGGGAGCUGAUCCAUGAUUCGCCCUUGCAGGGGCGCUUGCGCAAAGCCAUUCGAACCAUCGGUUUUGCCAAACAGCGCUUCGACAGCUAUGCAAGUCCUCAAGCCAAGUAUGUGGUCCUCCAAGUCCCCAUUGCCAUUCUGUUGGCCUCUCAGGCUGCAGACCCUAGAAAGGAUGGGCGGGUAUGGAGAAGGUGCUUGGAAGCCCUGCGCAUGAUGACAGCCGAGCACACCUUGCUGUCAGGGCUGGCGGCGGACUUCUCAGCUGAGGUCUUGCGAUUUGUGCGAGAGCAUGACAUCCGCGAUCACGACAUCAGCACCACUUUUUAUCAAAAGAGUGAGUUCAUCCGCAGGUUUGAGGAAGGAUGGAUCCUGCAGCCCGCGCAGAGUGCCGCCACCAGGACAGACGCUCAGACUUUCACCCAGAUGGCCGUGACCGGUGCCAUGGAGGCAGGCCCGAUUCAGUUUGGGGAUGAGAUGGUCACCCUUUGGGGGCCCUUGGCUCGUGAGGAGUGCCGACAAGUUAUGCAAAGGUGCAGAGAUGUGGUCUCCAGCACCAUUGCACGGGUGGACGCCGAGUUGCAUGGCAAUGACUUGGACAUGGACUUGUUGUUUUGA